AUGACUGUGAUGACUCCUGCUCCCAUUGACGUACGGUUUUUUACCCUUACUCUGCAACUCACCGAGCUCCCUUACGCGGCUUCAAUCACUCGCAGUGUUUCAAUUUCGCUUCCUCAGCAGGAGGAUGAGGAGAUGCUUGUCCCACAUACUGAUUUGGUGGAGAAUAAUCACCAACCCAUGGAAGUUGUGGCACAAUCUGAUGCUGCCAACACUGUGGAGAGCCAGCCUGUAGAGGAUCCUUCGUCAACAAGAUUCACAUGGAAAAUUGACAACUUUUCUAGGAUGAAUUCAAAGAAGCUCUAUUCAGAUAUAUUUGUUGUUGGUGGUUAUAAAUGGCGUGUACUUAUUUUCCCAAAAGGGAAUAAUGUGGACUAUUUGUCCAUGUAUUUGGAUGUUGCAGAUUCAUCCAGUUUGCCCUAUGGUUGGAGUAGAUACGCACAGUUUAGCUUGGCCGUUGUUAAUCAAAUCCAUAAUAAAUAUUCUGUGAGAAAAGACACGCAGCACCAAUUCAAUGCGCGAGAAAGUGAUUGGGGUUUCACGUCCUUUAUGCCACUCGGUGAAUUGUAUGAUCCUAGUAGAGGGUAUCUUGUGAAUGACACUCUUAUAGUUGAAGCCGAGGUUCUUGUUCGUAGAAUUGUUGAUUACUGGACUUAUGAUUCAAAAAAGGAGACUGGCUAUGUUGGUCUUAAGAACCAGGGUGCUACAUGUUAUAUGAAUUCUCUGCUCCAAACUUUGUAUCACAUUCCUUAUUUUCGAAAGGCUGUGUACCAUAUGCCAACAACAGAGAAUGACAUGCCCUCUGCAAGCAUCCCUUUGGCUUUGCAAAGUUUAUUCUACAAGCUCCAGUAUAGUGACACCAGUGUUGCAACAAAGGAGCUCACUAAAUCUUUUGGAUGGGAUACAUAUGAUUCUUUCAUGCAGCAUGAUGUUCAAGAACUGAACAGAGUCCUUUCUGAAAAACUUGAAGACAAAAUGAAGGGAACUGUUGUUGAGGGAACUAUACAGAAAUUAUUUGAAGGGCAUCAUAUGAACUAUAUUGAGUGCAUCAAUGUGGACUAUAAAUCAACUCGAAAGGAGUCAUUUUAUGACCUUCAGCUUGAUGUGAAAGGCUGUCCUGAUGUUUAUGCUUCCUUUGACAAGUAUGUUGAAGUUGAAAGUCUUGAAGGGGACAACAAAUAUCAUGCCGAACAAUAUGGUUUGCAGGAUGCUAAGAAGGGUGUCCUAUUCAUUGAUUUUCCUCCUGUUCUUCAGCUUCAGCUAAAAAGAUUUGAAUAUGACUUUAUGCGGGACACUAUGGUAAAGAUUAACGACCGUUAUGAGUUUCCCAUGCAACUUGACCUUGACCGUGAGAAUGGGAAAUAUUUAUCACCCGAGGCUGAUAGGAAUGUCCGCAAUCUUUACACACUUCACAGUGUUUUGGUUCACAGCGGUGGUGUACAUGGGGGACAUUAUUACGCUUUUAUCAGGCCAACUCUCUCUGAGCAGUGGUAUAAAUUUGACGAUGAGAGGGUUACUAAAGAAGACACUAAACGGGCAUUGGAGGAGCAAUAUGGUGGUGAGGAAGAGUUACCACAAACAAAUCCUGGGUUUAACAACACUCCUUUUAAGUUCACCAAAUAUUCAAAUGCUUACAUGCUGGUGUAUAUUCGUGAAGCUGACAAGGACAAAGUAAUAUGCAACGUGGAUGAGAAAGACAUUGCUGAACAUUUAAGGGAGAGGUUGAAGAAAGAACAAGAAGAAAAGGAGCACAAGAAAAAAGAAAAGGCAGAGGCUCACCUUUACACUAUUAUAAAGGUUGCACGAGAUGAAAACCUUGCAGAGCAGAUUGGAAAGGAUAUAUAUUUUGAUCUUGUAGACCAUGACAAAGUGAGGAGUUUCCGUGUUCAAAAACAGACAUCUUUUAAUGCUUUUAAGGAAGAGGUUGCUAAAGAGUUUGACAUACCAGUUCAAUUCCAGCGCUUCUGGCUAUGGGCAAAGCGGCAAAACCAUACAUAUCGUCCAAAUCGACCGUUGACACCUAUGGAAGAAGCACAAUCUGUUGGACAAUUGAGAGAGGUAUCAAACAAGGUUCACAAUGCAGAAUUGAAAUUGUUUUUGGAAGUGGAGCUCGGGCUGGAUUUACGCCCCAUAGCACCACCUGACAAGACAAAGGAUGAUAUAUUACUUUUCUUCAAGUUAUAUGAUCCUGAGAAAGAGGAGCUACGUUAUGUUGGGAGGCUGUUUGUGAAGAAUACUGGUAAGCCAUCAGAAAUCUUGACGAAGUUAAAUAAAAUGGCUGGUUAUGACCCUGAUGAAGAGAUUGGACUAUAUGAGGAAAUUAAGUUUGAGCCAAAUGUUAUGUGUGAACCUAUUGAAAAGAAAGUAACAUUUCGAGCUAGCCAGUUAGAAGAUGGAGAUAUUAUAUGCUUUCAGAAAUCUCCUGCUAUAUACAAUGAAGAACGUAUCCGCUAUCCAGAUGUGCCAUCAUACCUAGAAUAUGUGCACAACCGCCAGGUUGUUCACUUUCGAUCUCUUGAUAAACCCAAGGAGGAUGACUUCUGCUUGGAGAUGUCAAGACUCUAUACAUAUGAUGAUGUGGUGGAGAAAGUGGCUCAACAACUUGGUUUGGAUGAUCCAUCCAUAAUUAGGCUCACGCCUCACAAUUGUUACUCUCAGCAGCCAAAACCCCAGCCUGUUAAGUAUCGUGGUGUGGAGCAUUUGUCUGAAAUGCUGGUUCACUACAAUCAGACUUCGGACAUAUUGUACUAUGAAGUACUUGACAUCCCUCUGCCAGAAUUGCAAGGUUUGAAAACUCUGAAAGUUGCAUUUCACCAUGCCACCAAGGAUGAAGUGGGGGUUAUUCAUACCAUUAGACUCCCAAAACAGAGUACUGUGGGUGAUGUCCUUGAUGAUCUGAAAACAAAGGUGGAAUUGUCCAACCCUGAAGCUGAGCUUAGGUUGCUUGAAGUUUUCUAUCACAAGAUAUACAAGGUUUUCCCUCCCAGUGAGAAGAUUGAAAACAUUAAUGAUCAAUACUGGACAUUACGAGCAGAGGAGAUUCCAGAAGAAGAGAAGAAUCUGGGUCCUCAUGAUCGUCUAAUUCAUGUGUAUCAUUUCACCAAAGACACGGCUCAGAACCAAAUGCAAAUUCAGAACUUUGGGGAACCAUUUUUCUUGGUCAUUCAUGAAGGGGAGACUUUGACUGAAAUUAAAGUACGAAUACAGAAGAAACUUCAAGUUCCUGAUGAUGAGUUUGUCAAGUGGAAAUUUGCCUUUUUUUCUUUAGGGCGUCCUGAGUACCUUCAGGAUUCUGACAUCGUAUCCAGUCGUUUUCAGAGGAGAGAUGUUUAUGGUGCUUGGGAGCAGUAUCUUGGCUUGGAACAUACUGAUAAUGCUCCUAAGAGAUCAUAUGCUGUUAACCAGAAUCGCCAUACUUUUGAGAAGCCAGGGAAAGAGCGAAAGGCUACUCUGUAUAGGCCAACUAGUGAGAUCAGCAAUCCAGGUGGUUUCUGCAGUCCGUUGAGCUUUACUACUUCCCACUUUGUGUGGAAGUUCUUCAAGUUGAGGUCAUUGAUCAUCAUCACUGCACUGUAUCAGUACAUAAGAUUUUUGGAUUACAGAGCUCAUGCUCCAAGCAGACGUGUCCAAGUGACAGAUGGCAACACCACAGUUCACCUUGCCCUUGCUUUUCUGGUCCAACAAGUCCGCUUCUUAGACCCGAACCUCUCCCACGACUCAUCCCAUUCACCUUCGACCCUUCACAUUCACUAUGCGUUUCGAACCACAACGUUGGAACCCAACAUCCCUGUCACGAAGUCCACCAUAUCGUGGAUGGACCCCACUCACCUCUUCGUCUCACCUUGGCUCGUUGGUCUCUCGCACUCGGUCGCCGAAUCCAUGACAAUCUUCUCCAAUCAGGAACCAACACCAACAUCAAAAGCCCGGUUCACCCCAUUAACGGUAAACGGUAACUUAGACAAAAUUACCGGGGGCAAAAGCGACCUUUUAGGCAUUUUAUCUCUAAUAUCCGGCAUCGCCAUCACCGUUCCUUCCUUGGGCAGAGACUCCCGAAAAAACUUACCCACUGUUGUUUAUAGGAACAAGUAUCAUCAUGGUCAAUUGUCAUGUGUGAUAUAUGGUCAACUUGGAAAUUCUAGUCAUCUUUGUCCGAUAGGUAAAAAUCACAUACGAUUUUGUCCUUACCAACGUUUAACCGGGUUAAGCGAAGAGGGAGCCGUAGUUUUAAAACGAGUUUUGCUUCUCGUUGCCGCGUUUUCCGUAACGCGCGAACGAUUGUUCGCGGCUAUUACCGUUCUCGGUGUAUCCUGCGAAGGAUUGGAUUCGUUUCCUGUCGUCGUCGGGGUAGGAGAGGAAUUCGAGGUCGUCGAAGCCGUUGACGAUUCGGCGUAG